GGUCAGUGGAGGGAUUGGCAGAGAGGGGUGGAGGACACUGAGUGGAGGUCAGUGGAGGGAUUGGCAGAGAGGGUGGAGGUUAGUGGAGGGAUUGGCAGAGAGGGGUGGAGGACACUGAAUGGAGGCCAGUGGAGGGAUUGGCAGAGAGGGGUGGAGGACACUGAAUGGAGGCCAGUGGAGGGAUUGGCAGAGAGGGAUGGAGGACACUGAGUGGAGGCCAGUGGAGGGAUUGGCAAAAAGGGGUAGCAGACACUGAACGGUUGGUAAGGUGGAUGAGCCUGGCAGCGGUAUUCAUGAUGGACUGGAGGGGGUGUGGCUUAUGUAAAGGUAAGCCAAUGAGGAGGGAGUUGCAGUAAUCGAGGCGAGAGAUGAUCAGGGAGUGAAUUAGGAGCUUUGUAGUAUCAUUGGUUAAAAAGGGGCGUAUUCUGGAGAUGUUCCGGAGGUUGAGGUGGCAUGAUUUGGACAGGGAUUGGAUGUGGGCCGGAAAGGAUAGUUCAGAAUCCAG